AUGUCUGAGAAGCCUCAGGUCAAGAGGCGCAAAGGCACCAAGCAUGACCGCACCGGCUGCUUGACCUGCCGCGCGAGACGCAAGAAGUGUGUCGAGAACACGCUCCCGAGAUGCGGCAGCUGUGUGCGCCUGAACCUCGAGUGCGUACCGCUUUUGCCCAUGGCAAUGGAGUCGCAGACGCUCUUUGACUCGGUCGUUGCCCUCGCCUCGGGCAACCUGUCCAACUUCGACCCCACGUACCAGGUCGCGGCGAUGGAGGCUCGCUCCCAGGCCCUGAGAGGUCUCAGUGUGGACAUAGCGAAGCCUUUCGUGGCCAUCCACAACUACGAGACUGCCCUGGCUUCCUGCCUGCUUCUCUCCGCUUCCGAGGCCAUCUUGGGCCUCCGCACAGGCUGGUCGGAACACCUCAUGGGCGCGCAGUCCGUCAUCCUGUCGGCGCGCCUGCGUGACCAAGGGCAAGAUCUCCACGGCCCAGAGGCCUUCCGGGGCAGUACCGAGGGCGAGUGGCUGCUGCGCAACUUCGCCUACCACGAUAUACUGGGUAGCGUUACUUCCGGGAGAUCGGCACUGAUACCUGGGGAUUAUCUAGAGGGCCUGAGCGAUACCGUUGACUCUUACCUUGGAGUUCAUUCCCAGCUGCUGGUCUACAUAUCUCAGAUAAGCGCCUUGGAUGCUACUGGGGACAAGCCGACACUGGAUGUGUCACGGUCUGAGAGGGAGGAGACUGCUGAGCGAACGAGGACAUGUUUUCAAAUUGAGCAGAAUCUUCGCUCUUGGCAUCCAAAAUCGUCGGAUGCCGUCCUAGAAGCCACAGCAUAUGCCUACAAGAGCGCGGCGCUCAUUUACCUGUACCAGCGGAUGCGGCAGACUUACCCGUCCUGUUCUGAACAGCAGGAACUGUCAAUUGACGGCAGCUCAGAUAAGAAAGUCUCUGACGAGGUCUGCCUGGUCUUGGACAACAUUGCCAAGAUCCCUGAAGACGCACAUCCUGAUGGAGUUCUUCUGUUUCCCCUUUUUAUGGCCGGCGGAGAAGCUACUGAGUCCACAGACAUGGAAAUUAUUCGCUCGAGAUUGCGAUCCAUCGACAAGAUACGUGGAUUCCGUAAUGUUCUGCGCGCAUGCGAGGUUCUUGAAGAAGUUUGGCGAACUCGAACCGCCCGCACGAAGGGCAACAGCGUGGAUUGGGAGGACAUUCUUCGCAACCAAGGCGGAGGUCUCUUGCUCACAUGA